AUGACCAAAGUCUCAACCACCAACUGCAAGCUGAACCAGCUACAGUACAGUCAAGAUGCCGCCCCCAGUCCGCGCGCGUCCGAUCAAGAAAGACGACUUCGAGGCGGCCUUUAAGAAACUAAAGACAUCUGUCUACCAAGACAGCGCGCGCCCGGCCGCCGUCUCAUCGUCGCACUACAUCCGCUCGAUAUCGUGGAACGCCUCUGGAACUUUUAUCGCCACGGGAGCUGCAGACAAGACAUUGCGCAUUUGGAACCCCGAGAAGACCAACGUUAAGAACUCGACCGAGCUCCGUACCCCCAACGCGCCUCCCUUGACCAACCUCGAACGCGUAUCUUUCCACCCCAUCAAUGAGAAUGAGCUUGCAAGCUGCGGUACCGACGGUAUGGUCAGAUUCUGGGAUAUUCGCUCCAAGGCUAGUGUGGGCGAGGUCAAGGUCGGCGAGCAGCCCUUUACGCUGGCAUGGACACCAGACGGCAAUGAAAUCGUCGUAGGAAGAAAGGAUAACCUCCUCGUCAAUGUCGAUAGAGCAGCUCUCAGUAUCAUUUCAGAGCAUCGCCAGCCCCUCCAGACCAAUCAGUGUGCCUUUGACUGGUCUGGUAACCACCUCUAUUCGACAGCCGGCGAUGGAAGCGUCAGAUUGCUACGCUACCCCUCUUUCGAAAACGCCCUUACGUUGAACGCCCAUACCUCCGCAUGUUAUGCUGUCUCCAUGUCACCUAGCGGCGAAUACCUCGCAGCUGGCGGAGGAGAUGCGUUGGUUUCACUCUGGGAUACACAGGAAUGGAUAUGCGUGAGAACCUUGGAGUUGACAGGAGGCCUCGUUAAGAGCGUGGACUUCUCGUUUGAUGGUAGCUAUAUCACAGCUGGCUCUGACGACAAGGAAGAAAAGAAGAUUCGUAUUGCACAUGUUGAAUCGGGCGAAACUGUACACACCAUCGAUGUUCCCACGCCCGCAGCGCACGUCGCAUGGCACCCAUGCCGAUACAUACUGGCCUACUCAGCCGACAACCUGGGACUCAAGAUUCUAGGCAACGCACCCAUACAACCGAACACUCUAUUCUCUGCCAAGGGACUGGUAGUGGUCAUUACCGGCGGCGGUACUGGACUCGGCCUCGCCAUUGCCUCCGCACUCUACCAAAACGGCGCUGAAAAAAUCUACAUCCUCGGCCGCCGACAAGAUGUCCUCCGCGACGCCAUCUCCAAACUUCAAUCAGACGUAGCAUACAAACCCCACAGCACCUCCGUCCUCAACGAUAUCGUCUGCGAUGUCACCGACCUCGAGUCGGUCAAGGCCGCCGCCGAGCACAUCAAGAAAGACGUAGGCUAUGUCGACGUACUAAUCAACAACGCGGGCGUCCUCGGGCCUAGAAACGGACAGGAUAUCUACAAAGCAACCUCGAUCCAAGAGCUCGCCGACGCCAUGACAUCCAACUACGACGGCUGGACGGGCGCCAUGGCAAUCAACACGCAAUCCGUCAUCGGCGUGUCUGCGACCUUCCUCCCUCUGCUCGAAGCAGCAAAUACGCGCCGCGGAUGGGCUCCAGGCAAGGUGACGGGCACAGGGAAUCCGCGCGCCCGCGACACGGCGCAGCUGGCAGAGCGCGGCAUCGACGCCGACGACGACCGCAUGGCGCACAUCAUCACCGUCGCGUCCGUCGCUUCGUACAUGCGCUGGGUCUCCGCGGGCCUCGCCUACAACGCCAGCAAAGCCGCUGCUGCGCACCUCGGCAAGAUGAUGGCGACGUUUCUGGCAGAGUGGGGGGUCAGGAGCAAUGUUGUUUGCCCUGGUCCCUAUCCGAGUGAUAUGACGGCCGAUAUCAAACCUGUGUAUGGGACGAGUCAGGUGCCGCAGGGCAGGAUGGGCGGGCUGAACGAUAUUGCGGCGUUGAUGCUUUUUUUGGUGGGCAAGGGGGGCGCCUAUGUGAAUGGGGUUGCGCAGUUGACGGAUGGAGGGAGGAUAGGCGUGUUUCCUGCUACGUAUUAGAUGUGAAUAGUGAACUUGAUUUGGAUUC